ACCGCAGAGCUACCUUGAGGAUUAUGACUACCAUGCAGCUAACAGACUAGGAAACGUCGUGGAUGACGGAAGGGAAAAGCAACGCUCGUUUGUUGAUUUUGUCGUUGGGUAUUUUCUUUUGAAGCAUUUGACGCCGAGGUGUGUAGUCGAUGAUAAUUGGCACAUAAGAGAAAUGUGAAGGUCACGUACUUCAGCGAUUAUGAAGCGGUGCGUGUCUGUUAUCCGGAAGUGUUUUCGUAAACCCUGAGUUUGGCGGUGGCGCUAUGCGAACAGAUAUGGGAAGAGCAGCUACGAAUCGCUUGAUCACCCGCGCCAAUUUGUGUUUGUGUACAUUAUUUGCGGGCAUGCGUCCAUCCGCUGUGAACAGACGGAGCGGUUCAUUCCAAAUUUCAACGGUGUUCGAGUAGUGGGAUCUGUUUGAACGAUUUGCUGAAAAAAGCGCCCGGUGACCGUCCAUGUUGCAGAUACUAUUGUGAAACAGUGUUCGGGACGCUGUAUGUUAUUACGUGCAGUGCCUGGGCAAAGCAAGGGUGGCAACAUGUAUAGAGGGCAUUUGCUGUCUUACAUGCUCCUUCUUCUGGCAGUCACCAUUUUACUGGAUCAAAGUGACGCCCAGAAAUCUGUACCAGUGACUGAGUUGACAUCAAAGGGUGGAACGAACUACAGCGGAUCGGGUGAAGGAAAGCUCGAAAUUUUUUGCUAUCGAGCACGGCCUUACUCCCCGUUUGGAGUGUUUUCGUCAUCCCGUUUGGAAUACCGCAUCCUGCCACCAUCUUAUGCCCUGUAUGAGGGUGAAAGCGAACAAGAAGUCCAUUACCUUCACGGUAAUGCCUCCCAAUCCUGGCUUCCCGUACUUUUCCAGCGAAAGCACGUAUCGUUCCCGCCGUUCACCAACAAAUGCAUCGGCAUCGUCAGUAGCUACGCGUACAGCUUUGUCUUUCGGGAAUACAACAUCGACUAUUUUCGCCUGCUACAAUGCGUUGCGUCGUUGGCUCUAUUCUUCUACGCACGAAACCUUGUUCAUAGUCCGGCUAUCUUUUAUUCCGGCGGAGCCCUGCUAGGCGUCCUAGCUUCGAUUCUUCUUUUGAUCUUCUUACUCAAACGGUUAUUUCCCGGAGGCCGAAUGACGGUCGCGGCAAUGUUUGUCACCGGAUGGUCGUUCUGGAUCUAUUUGCUACUUCAGCUGUGGAACAGUAAAUUUGAGAUAUUCUGUCAUUAUAAGCAUUACUUCCUUGCCUACAUCGGGCUGUCCGCCGGUAUUGCAUUCCUUAUCUGCUACCGAAUUGGCCCACCCAAGGAUGAACGCACAAUCGACACGAUGCAGAUCCUCAUGCAAUUUGUAGCAUUAAAUGGAGUAUACUUCAGCUCGGAUGCACCAGAAGUGACCCUCGCAUUCUGUAUAAUCGCUCUACUUGCCUACAAUUUUCCAGCCAGGAUGAAAGCUCGCUUCACAACAUGGUUGCAACGAAGGUUUUUUAAGCCGACUAUUAGAAUGUUGACAGAAGAGGAGUACAUUCGGCAGGGCGACGAAACCACAGCAAGAGAGCUAGAAAGACUCCGAGAUUUUGCUCGAUCUCCAGACUGCGACGCCUGGAAGGUCAUGUCACGACUAAGAAAUCCAUCAAGAUUCGGCAGCUUCGUGUUGGGCGAGAGCCACCUUCAAGAUUCGGAAAUUCUGGAGUACGAGACGACCGGAGCACAUUUUGAUGAUGACUCAGCUCUCACUCACGACACAACUGAUGAUGAUGAUGGCGAACAUGAUGUUGACAUUGCUUUACGACGAAAUCUGUUGGCUGAAGGGGCGCGGAGUGCAUCUCGGUAUUUAACAAGCGCGUCGAGCGUAUUAGCAAAUGGUAACCAUACCGGAAAUCAUUUGCGAAACACUAUUCUUCACAGGACGUGAAAUUAGCAAAAAGAUGUCGAGGUUAUGAGGCUUGGUUAAUAAGUAAGUCUGUCAGGUAUGCAGAUUUAAUCCGGAGAUACACAUCAGCCUGAAGGGUGGGACAACGAGUGAGUUCACUUGUAAACCUUUAAGUAGCAUAAGUCGGUUAAUAACUGUUGCCUCAAUUAGAUUAGAAGAAGCAGCUGAAUGCUUCGUUAACGAAGUGAGUGAGUGAGUGAGUAUAUUUGUAAAGAAAUUAGCAUAUUAUCCAGGUUAAUAAAGUUGAUUUUCGUGAGAAUAGCUUUCUGUGUGAGUCUUAACGACGAGAAGAGACCACACGGUAUUUUUUUCUUCUGAAGAGUUAUAAUAUAUCUGGAUAUGUCGGCUUAGCCCUUAUCUGGCUACUGCCUUGGAAAUUAACAUUCAGCAAUGUUUUAAUCCGAUGUACGCUAUUUAAUGCCUCAUUGUCUUUCUUUGUGCAUUGAUUAAGAGGGGACCUUUUUUAGACCAUGAAUGAAUGUGAGAUAGAUGCAGCGGACUAGGAAUUGAGAAACUCCAGUGAGCAUUUUUUUUUUGCAAAAGAAUAUUAAGAGAAUAUCCUUGCUGCUGCACAGGCACGUUUUGAACAAGCCUGUACAACAAAAGAAAAUCACAAAACUGAGUGUUAUGUUGAAGAUGUUUAAACAGGUUGUCAACUGUUUUACGGUUUUGGGGGGCUCCUGUAAAGAAUUCAUUUUAGUUUGAAAAUGUGGCAUUAGCUUGAAUGAAAAUUCGCUCAUCAAAAGCGACAUAUCAUUGAUCUACAAGCAAGUGACCAUGAAAUCGUAAAACUUAAUCGUUAUGUAAAUAUGAAUUUAUAUGGUUUAAUACUGACAACAAUCUAAUGAUUUUGGAUGAAAAGAGCAAAUUGUUCGUUAGGCCUACUCAGCGUAUUCGAAGAAUCUUUGACAUUGAUUCUAGCUACUUGCAAGUAAUAUCAGUCAGAUUAUGACCACGUUGCCAGUUCGUGAAGCUCUAAGAAAAUCGCACUGGAGAACAUCGUUGUUGUUGACUAUCUAUAGAUAAACUUUAGUCUGUCUAAACAUAAAAUUUAGUUUAUAUGAGUAGGGCAAUGAAGUCACCUUGUGUAUAGUACGACAUAAUAUGAGGGACGAGAUUACGACAACGAGACGAAAUUAGGAAUAACGUCGACAAUAUUAUUCAUUGUUAAUAGCAUAUAGUGAGGACUGUAUAGUUAGUGUUAGAAAAGACCAAAAUGUAGAUUAUAGAUAAUAAUAGUUAUGAUGAUAAUGACGCUAAUGAUUAGUGCGAUACAACUGCAAGAAAGAAUUAUAUGUGGAAAGGCAUGUAUUUAUGAUGAAUGUUAUAAGAAAAUGUGUGAAUGCCGUGUUUAUAAAAGAAAAUCUAUGGGAUUAUCUGUCAACUUGCCGCUAGAGUCGAUUCAGUGUGACAUCGCUAAUCAGAUGUUUUAGAUAAGUUUUUGUUCCUGAUAUUUCAUUUGUUAAUGAUCAAAUGUCAUAUCGCUCUUUCUUCGCUCACAAAGGUCCAGGGUCAUCGUCUUGUUCAGAUCAUAAUAUUCUUUGUGGAAUUUUGACCCCAGAUACGAGCAGUUAAGGAUAAAAAGACAGCGGUUAUAACACUUUUUUUUUCGUCUUUAGCCGAGAUCAAUAAGCUGCCAGCAGCACGAUGUUCAUAUAAAGCUGAGAGUGCUAAAGAACGCAUCCGAACCGGUUUAAGCCACUUUUGAAAGAAAUAACUGCUAGGUGAAUCCACCCAUUUUGGAUUAAAAUUCCGUGAACCGAGCAAAAUGAUGAGCUUUAAAGCGGUAUGCAACACUUUACCAUUAGUUAGAGGGAAACCAGAUAAGAGAUCCAAUAAAUAGAAACGGGGGUUACUUUUUUUGUUAACAGAUUAAUGCGUACAAAUUGGAGCAGUUAGCGCGUGAAGGUAAAUAUUGUAUAUAUUGUCUUUGAUUACUAGUGAUGCUUAUCAGCCAGUAUAUUCACACAUGGAAUGGUCAAAUAAAGAAUGUAUUUGUUAUAGGGUUUU